AUGGGUGGCAGCGGGGUUGGCGUGGCGAUUGGCGAGAGAGUCGAGUCGCUCGAUGAUGAAGCGGAGAUUAAGGUGGACGAGGUGGAGAUAUCUGUCGAUAUUGGGGAUGUGAUUGUCGUGAGAGACGACAAGCUGCUCGGAUCUGUGGACAGACUUGAUGAAGCGGUCGAAGAGGAUGCUGACAUGCUGGUAUCCGUUGAGAAAGUGGGUAAAGUCGUCGACGUACUGGUUUCUGUUGAGAGCGACUCUGGAGAGCUUGCGGACGACGAGCUUGCCGCUGAACUGGUGAUAUCUGUUGACAGAGUGGAUGAACUCGUCUCGAGAGAUGAGGAGCCAGUAGCAUCCGUCGGGAGGGCCGACGAAGAGCUCGUUGGUGAAGUCGCAGUAUCUGCUGGGAUGCUAGAAGCUGAACUGGUCAAAUCACUAGUAGCCUCUGUCGAGAGCAACGACGAAGAGCCUGAGGAUGAUGAGCUUGAUGCCAGACUCGUGGUAGCUGUUGAGGAGCUGGAAACCACACUUGACGAUAAAGAAGUGGUUUCCGUUGAGAGAGACGACGAAGAGCUCGAGGAUGACGAGCCUGUUCCCGAACUCGUGGUCUCUGUCGAAGAGCUGGAGGAUGGACUCGCGAAUGAGGAACUUGAUGUCGAAGGACUAGACGUCGAGGUGCUGGUCGUGGUCGUCGUCACAAUGGGAACACACAGCGAAUAG